GAGGUUAUAUAAUAUUAUACUUGUACCAGGGACUCAGGGGUAGGGGGUGUUCACACAGCUCGCACGAUCCGACGCGGCUAGACGCGCGCAAUGCUAUAGACCCAGUGUAUUUGUGAACGAAAAACAUGUCAAAAUAUAAGUUAAUGAUAGUUCUUUUCUUCUCUGUGGCCCUGGUUGCUGUAUCCGCCCUCCCCUCCCCCACGACAGACGACGACGACGACGAGGACGACACGACACCGAGUCGUGCGGACGCUGACGAUGACGGUCGGAUCUAUAAGAACCCGCGGAAUUCGCCCUCCGCACAGUGCCCUAGAGAUGAAGAACAGGCUACUUUAUUAGGCCAGAAAUGUCUUCGGAAGUGUUCGUCAGAUGAAGACUGUAAAAGUAAGAAGAAAAAAUGCUUGUGCGAUGGAGCAUGUGGCAUGUCAUGUAUCAAGCCAGAUCGCGAAUGUCCUGAACUGGAGCAGCCGGAGAUCGGAAAAGUGUCGCUCACCGGACGUUUGUUUGGUGACAAGGCAGUAUAUUCCUGUCCGCACGGUUACCAUGUGGUCGGUCUGCAGAGCAGGAGCUGUCAGGCGGAUGGCAAGUGGGCUGGUCAGCCACCGGCUUGCAAAGAGAACAUCUACUGUCUCCAACCACCAACAAUAGAGCACGCCCGCCACUCCGCGCUCCCGGAGCAGGCGACCUUCGACCUGGACGCCACAGUGCAAUACAAUUGUCACACUGGCUACGUCACCAAUGGCUUCCCGAGGGCUAAGUGCUUGGCCAUCGAUGGCCAGGCGUCGUGGUACGGACCUGAUAUUACUUGCGAGCCACGCUCUUGCGGCGAGCCAGGCGACGUCCCCCACGGGUGGGUGACAGCUGACUGCCACACCUUCGGCUGUCGAGCCGUGGUCCAAUGCGGCCAGGGCUUCGAGCUCGUCGGCAAAGCGGAACGCUACUGCCAGGCGGACGGGGCCUGGGCGCCGAAGGAACUACCCACCUGUGUCCUGGUGACGCAGGUGCAGUGCCCUCCGCCCGAGGCGCCGCGCCACGGGAAGGCUGUGUACACAUCUUGCGCGUAUAACUCUGUGGUAUCUUACGAAUGCAAGUAUGGGUACCGGCUGGUGGGGGACUCUACGAGACGCUGUGGUGCUGAUAAGAAGUGGUCUGGGACACAACCGCUUUGUAAAGAAAUAAACUGCGGUCACCCGGGACAGCUAUGGAACGGUUGGCUGGAGAACAUAUCCUCUGGUACUGGGUUAGGAGCGUCCAUCAUCUUCCGAUGCCAGGAUGGCAUGAGAAUGGAAGGAAACGGCUCUGCUAUAUGCCAGAGCGAUGGAACUUGGAGUCACCCGUUACCGAUGUGUUUAGCACCCUGUGUGGUUCCACACGUAUCUCAAGGUAGAGUGGUAUUAAUGGAAAAUAAAACCAGUGAGAAUGACACUCAAGAUCAUACGCAGAUAGUUGGCAGUUCCACUAUGGUACAACAUGGUGAAAUUAUAGUAGUAGAAUGCGAGAAGGACUAUGAAUUUCCAUCAAUGAAUGCAGCGAUUACUUGUAACAAUGGUACUUGGACACAAAUUCCGCGAUGUCAACCAGCUAGAUGCAAGAAAAUGCCGAAAUAUCCUCGACAUGGGAUGGUGAUAGCACCAAAAACAGAACAUGGGAUGAAGGCUAGGUUUAGAUGUAAAGACGGAUUUGAACUAAAAGGAAACCCUAUAGUUGUGUGUUCGUUUGGAACAUGGAGUGGGGAGACACCGAAAUGUGAAGAAUUAUUCUGUCCGUUUCCUGGUUACAUUGAAAACGGCAAAGUUCUUCUUGUCGGCAACAUGGGCUUGUACGACUAUCGCCCAUAUGUCAAAAAGGUAGUAAACAACAAGCAAAUCAUGUACGAAUGUGAUAAAGGGUAUGUGCUCUCUGAAGGACCACCUGGCGCGACCUGUGUAGGAGGGCAUUGGAGUCCCAGAGAAUUGCCUAAAUGUACCCUAUUUAGACAUCCACGAAUACGUUGGAGCCGUAGAAGACGCUCCAUCUCAGAUACAGAAGUUCGCCACAGACGAUCUGCGUAUCUAAGACAAUAUUACAGUAACCUACGCAAACAAGCAUUCGCAGAUGGAUCUCAAGAAAGCAUGGAUCAACUGUAUGAGAAAUACAAUCAUAACACAGAAAAACCUACCCUACGACAUGCAAAUUUCAAACUAAUGAAGAAGUUUGAUCUCGAUUUCGAUGAAGACAUGCUAGAACCUGAAGGUCCAGAUGAUGGAAAUUUACCAACUGCAGUUUAUACAGUAUACAAUGUACAUGGUGAACCUAUAGCACAUAAGUUUUACUCCUAUCAACCUGUUUAUGAACCAGAAGAUGAUGAAAUAGUACACCACGAAGUUGCUUCUGACUACGGUGAAUCUGCGGAAUUUGAUGAUUCCAAUCUUACAAUUUUAAAAGGUGGUCUUUUCCCUGAUCAUGACCUUGAUCCAAGUAACGAAGUAGCCGAUAAUAUAAACAAAUUGAAACACCAGUACUUUGAAAGAUACGUGGAUAAACGGCGAAAGAGGUUUUUAAGUAUAAAGACUGAUAAAAAUGAUACGGAAAUUGAAACAGGUGGGAGUCAUUUAGAAAUAAUAACAGAAACACCAAAGGCUAAGUCAAGAAAAAAACGAAAUAUUAACUAUGAAGAAUAUGAAACUCAUAGUGUAUCUAUAAUACCAACUCAAGGAGUAAUACCAUCGAGUGAAAUAGACGAAUAUUUGCUUAAAGUUAUUCCGUUAGAAACUAGUUCACGAAAUAUAAAAUCUAAUGAAAGUCACGAAAAGGAAAAAGUGGUAAUUCCUUUACAGCAUACUGGUACAAAUUCAACUGAAUUUGUAAAUAUAUUGGAUAAGAGAGAAAAGAGAACUAGUCGCAAAACAGACAGACUAAAUCAAACUACAGCCACUGUUCCAAAAACGGGUCGAGAAGGUAAAGGUGGUAAAAAUCGUCAACAAGUUGACAGCAAAAGCGACGAAAAAGGUGCUAGUAUAGAAGGUUCAGAUAGUGUUGAAGGUAAUAAAACAUCAAAUGAAAAAGGUGGUAAGAAAGGACGACCGAAAAGUCCUUGCGAACCAAUAGAGAGUGAACCAUAUAUUAACAUCGAAAUUGUUAAAUACGGCCGUGACCCAAAUAACACUUUUAGUUCCGGCACAAUAGUCAGAGUAGCUUGUGGCAAAGGCUACGGAUUAAACCUAGAAGCAAAUGCUACAGCCAAAUGUGUACGAGGAAGAUGGAAGCCGGAGAAACCAGUUUGCGAAGUCCUACCUUGUCACGUGCCUCCGACUGAAUACGGGAUUUACACGAUGUCACCAAAUGGAAACCUAGGCAGUCUUAUCGCAGGACCUAAUAGAGAUGAUGAAAGGGAAUUGAAUGAAACAGAUCCGGUGCCUAAUGGACAAAUUGUGCAUUUUUCUUGUGAAUAUGGAUACAAUGUGCAAGGUCCCACAAAUUUACGGUGUUGGCUUGGAGAGUGGGCAGUUACUAGUAUGCCUGAAUGUGUAGCAGCACCCUGCGAACUGCCCCAACUCACUGGAGCCACCUACGAAGCUGGUUACCGCGCUGGUCUCACUGUCGCACAUGCAUCUUCAGUUGAUAUUGCUUGCGAAGCUGGUCGGUCUCCACCAGCCACUUUGAACUGCCAUCUGGGAAGGUUACAACCAACUGUACAUGAGUUUUGUCGACCUUUAGUGAAUGUAACACGGCCAUGGAUACGAUCAAAUUUCCAGAGUGGUUCAGAUAUAGUUAGAGAAGAUAUUUCUGAACUGGAACCAGAUUUACAAGAAGGAGCUAUUCCUUGUGCACCGCCUGAGAGGGUUCAGGGGACAUUGAUCUAUAGGGACGGGACUGAGGUGAACGAAACCUAUGAUAUAUCCGAUACAUAUCCUCAUGGUAUUAAAAUUACCUUCAGUUGCAUUGCGUCCAUUAUGGGUGAAAAGACUACGUGGAAGAUCAUAUGCGAGAAUGGAAACUGGGUUGGAAAAAGCUUUAAUUGUGAGGAACUGGAUGCUCAAAGUGAAGAAUUGAAAAAUAACAAUACGUGCACCUUCCGUAACGAAGAACCGCAUGUUGUGUCAUUCUUUAACGAUUUGGAGAUUACUGAAACUGUUGAAUUUCCAUCCGGAUCUACGAUUGUGUCAAGGUGUAGUGAUAUUGGAAAGUAUGCGAUGACAGGAUCACAGACUAGGCGAUGUAUAGGUGGCACGUGGGAUGGAGUGAAACCGACUUGCUUUGGGCUGAACCAGGAAAAUGAUUACGCCAUGGAGAAACCACCAACAAUUCUCUUCAGACACUCGCAAGGGCCGAUAGCACAGACCAAUGAUGGAAAGCUGUUAGUGUAUCCUGGGGCUGUUCUGCACAUGGAGUGUUUGUGGAUGAGGAGGUUUGGCAACCCGAAAUGGAACGUUACACAUUAUAAUCCAGAUCCCGAAAGAAAAUACCCAGAAGGCUGGACAACAGACCCAGGACGAGACAGUCAGCUAGAGUACAGAUUGAGCAUCAUGAACGCGGAGAAGGAGGACUCGGGAAUAUAUAGAUGUGAAACGCCAGCAAGGCAGAGUCAUCAAGUGGAAAUUAUUGUUGAAGAUGUUCAUUGUCCACCGCUACCCAUCCGUCGCGGACUCGUCCCCAGCAGCCUGGACACGCAGCUGGGCAGUGAGAUCACGUUCUCCUGCGCCAAUGGGAACGCUCUGCUGGGAGCUUCCACUUUGUACUGUCGGGCUUCGGGCAACUGGAGCGCGCCGUUACCAGUUUGUGAGAGUGUAGAAUGCGGCGAAGUGACACACGACACACCACUAAACGAUGGCGAGAAACGUCCGCGCGUGUCUGUAGUGUCGCGCGGCGUGGGCGGGCGCGCGGCGUUCUCCUGCCCCGCGGGCUGGGCGCUCAGUGGGCCCGCGGAGACCGUGUGCCUACCGGCCGCUGACUGGGCCAAGCCGUUCCCCGUGUGCAGAGAAGUAUCAUGCCCUGCCCUCCCUCCCCCCGCAUCGGGCUACGUGCUCGGCCGAGCGCCGUAUCGCGCGGGCGACGUGCUCCAAUUCCACUGCAACCCGGAGCACACACUACACGGCCGGCCGAUCCUCGUCUGCCAGGAUAGCGGCAGGUGGAGUGACAAGCCCCCCACUUGUGCUCAAGCAUGUACCUACCCGGGUACGACCAUAUCGGGUCGGAUGUCAUCUGUAAAGUUCUACUACAAGAUUGGUGAAACCGUAUCCUUCACUUGCGAGCCUGGAUAUAGGAUCAAAGGAGCGCCAAUGCUGAGGUGUUUGAAGAACAGAAAAUGGUCCAAUGCAAUACCGCUGUGCACUCCCAUUUCAAACUACACAUCGUCUGACUCCAUCGCAAUGUUGAACGGCGAUAUCGACGCCAUGUUGUCUGACGGCCGCGGCGCCAUCUUCUCCACAGCUCGAUCCAAAUUCGAAACUCCCGCCAUUUUGACAAAAGAAAGCAUCAAUGCGGCCAUGACCCGUGUUGCAGCUACACGAUUUUUACGCAGAUCACCUUUAGAAACAAUAAAAAAUAGAAUUUUCAGAGUCAACAGGAUAUUGAGACGAGAAACUGGAAGAUAAUUAUUGUUCACACAUAUUUUGGAUUUGAUAUUUAAAGUCAAAAAAGAAAAUUUUCGUGUCCAUAAAAUACAAAGUGUCAUAGUGAUGAAUUUUCUUUAAAGCUGUAAUACAGCGUUUCCUAAGUAAUAAAUAAUAUAAAUAGUUUGAGCAACAAUUGUUUAAACGGUUUUGCUUUAAAAGUCUUGCAGGCGUUUUUAACUUAGAAUUUAUUUAUUUAAAGUAUAAAUAUUUAUAAGUAUAUAAAGUAUUUAUUAAAUGAAGUAGGAAUUUUAUUUUUGUUAUAUUUGUAAGGAUUUGAUAAUAUAAGACUUUAAAACUUAUCGAUUAUUUAUUAAAAUAGAACGCAGAGGGUUUUUUUUUUAAUAUUAUAAAAAUUAAUAGUAUUAAUUUAAAUAAGCUACAUUACUACUUUCCAAUAAAUUACUAUUUCCUUUGGUACCAAUUAUUUAUAUAAUUUACAUAAAAUGUAAAUAUACGCCAAAGAAAUAGGAUAACUAUCUAAUUAUAUAGAUAUUAAAAUAGUCCAAUAAAUUAUAUUACGUAGUUAUAUUGUAACCUAAUUAUUAGGUAACUUUAGUAAUUAAAUUGUUAUAUCUAAUAGUUUGCUCAAAAUUUUGGAAAUUUUUAUCUGUUAACUAAUCGGCUCAAGAACAAUGUUCAGAAAUCAAUCUUUUAUUAUCGACUUCAUUGUUUAAUUAUUAUUUAAUUUUUAUUUAUAUUAUGAACUAUUUAACAUCAUAUUAUGUACCGAUCCACUUAAUUUUCUCAGUCAAUAUUCAUGAUAUUAUUACUAUAGAUAUAGGAGAAAUUAUUUAAAAUCCGUACUUAAUUAUCAUAAAAUGAAAUGUUAUUAAUUAUUAUUUUUAAGUUUGUAAUAACUGGUAGCACCGCGCGGAAAAAAUAAAAUAAUUAUGUCAGUCGAAUUACGCGCCAUUUUUUAAAUGUUAAAUUAAUUAUCUGUCUUUAUUUAUUUAUUCGUUUGUGUUUUCUUUUUCCUAUUAUUAGAAUUAAGCUAUGUAAAAAUAAAGGAAAACCCCUUUCCUUGAGUCGAUUUAUCAUGCAUAUCAAAUUUAUUCAUAUCCUAUAUUAUUAAGAAAUAGCAAGAUACAUUUUUUUCUUGUUAAACUUACUUAUUUAUUGUGCUGAUAUUAUUGUGAAUAAACGAAUAAGGAAUCGAA